AUGCCACCGAAAGGCAAAGGUCGAGGCAAAGGGUGGAGCACCCCCGAAACCAUGCUCCUUUUGGACUGUAUUGAACGGCUCCAGCCGCUUGGUGGAAACCACUGGGACACCGUACAGUCCCAGUACAACACGCUCUCCGAACCAAGUUGGAUAGCUCGAGACUCUGACAGUAUUCGGCGCAAGUUCAAGACAUUGAAAAAUGUUCGAAAACCCACUGGGGACCCAGAUUGCCCAGUCGAAGUAGUACGAGCAAAGCGCAUCAACCGCCUGAUUGAAAGUCGUAUGGCGGUCGUUGACAUGGAGUCAGACAAGGACAGCGAACAUGCUCCCAUUGAUGACGACGAUGACGAGACACCGCCAACCCCCGAGCAAGUACCAACCCCAGUCCUUGCCACUCCUCGCACUGGACUCGAUCCUACCCAACUCUCGGCGCUAGCCGGUACAACGGGUUCGACUAUGGCAAGUCAAACGGCGCAGCGUCGCCGCCGUAUCGACGAGAUCCUGUCCGAGUCAGCGGAAAAUGAGGCGAUCAAGCGGCGUUUGAUAUUUGAAAGCCGCGACUCCCGUCAAGCAAUGCUGGAAGCCAUGAUUGCAAUGGAAGAACGUCAGAGCGUGCGGGAGCAAGAAAGCCGCCUUCUCCGUGAGCGUUUAGCUGAGGAGCGUGAGGAGCGGGUACGUCUACGAGAAGACGCUCGGAUUGCACGGCAAGAAUUGCUUGAUGCCCAACGUGAAGAGCGCCAAGCUAAGAUGGACCAGGUCAUGCUUGUUCUGAUGUCAAAGUUUCUGGAGAAGUAG